UGGGCCUGACAUGGUUCAUCCCUUCUUUCAAGCUGGGCUCCAGUUGUUUAUUUUUCUGCAGACUUGCAUGAAGAAGAGUUACGGCUGUUUUUCCUGAACCGGUACAAAUUGAAUGUUUGUAUUUGCAGAUAAUUAUGUCGCCGUAUGGUGAAGAAUGUCUUUCAUUCAAUGGAAAUCGAACACUAAUGUGAAUGGCACACGAAUGAAAGGAGCGCGCGCUGACAGCGGAGUACUCCGUAGGAUUAGCUUAGCUAGCUGAGAAGCUAGCUAUAUUAUUCACAAGAAGAAGUUUUUCAUAACACCACAUACUUGAAGACACGCCUUAAUACUAGCCCUAGAAACGUCAGCGAGGAGCAGCAGUGAUCCGGAGUAAAAAAAAAAAAAGUGAAGAAAUGUCCAUCACAAACACACCGACGAGCAACGACGCCUGUCUCAGUAUCGUGCACAGUUUGAUGUGCCACAGGCAGGGCGGCGAAAGCGAGGCGUUCUCCAAGAGGGCCAUCGAGAGCCUGGUCAAGAAGCUAAAGGAGAAGAAGGAUGAACUGGACUCCCUCAUCACCGCCAUCACCACCAACGGAGCGCACCCCACCAAGUGUGUCACCAUCCAGCGCACCCUGGAUGGCCGACUUCAGGUAGCUGGGCGAAAAGGUUUCCCCCAUGUGAUUUACGCACGCCUCUGGCGCUGGCCCGAUCUCCACAAGAACGAGUUGAAGCACGUGAAGUACUGCCAGUACGCCUUCGACCUGAAGACAGACAACGUGUGUGUCAACCCCUACCACUAUGAACGGGUGGUGUCCCCAGGAAUCGAUCUCUCAGCACUGUCUCUCUCUGGGCCAUCGGGGCUGAUGGUGAAAGAUGAGUACGACUACGAUGUGCAGUCGUCGCUGCCCAACGCCGAGAGCCACCUGCAGACCAUCCAGCACCCUGCGUCAGGGGCAGUGCGGCCCGCCGGCGCCCCGGAGGCCUUCGGCAGCCCCGCCCUGCUGCCCCCCGGAGCCGGAGAACCAUCCGGCUCCGCCUCCACCUCCAGUGCCUUCUCCAGCAUCUCCGCAGGAUCCACUAACCCCACCUCCACCUGGAGCCGGAACAACAGCUUCAGUGGCCCCACCGUGCCCCACUCCCAAAACGGACACGUUCAACACCACCCUCCCAUGCCUCAUCCUGGACACUACUGGCUGGUUCACAAUGACAUGGCAUUCCAGCUCCCAAUAUCCAACCAUCCAGCCCCUGAGUACUGGUGCUCCAUAGCCUACUUUGAGAUGGACGUGCAGGUGGGCGAGACCUUCAAGGUGCCCUCCAACUGCCCAGUGGUGACGGUGGACGGCUACGUGGACCCUUCGGGAGGCGACCGCUUCUGCCUCGGCCAGCUCAGCAACGUCCACCGAACAGAGGCCAUCGAGCGGGCCCGUCUCCAUAUUGGUAAGGGCGUGCAGCUGGAGUGUAAGGGCGAGGGGGACGUGUGGGUGCGCUGCCUGAGUGACCACGCCGUCUUCGUGCAGAGCUACUACCUGGACCGGGAGGCCGGCCGAGCGCCAGGGGACGCCGUGCACAAGAUCUACCCCAGCGCCUACAUCAAGGUGUUUGACCUGAGGCAGUGCCACAGGCAGAUGCAGCAGCAGGCGGCUACAGCGCAGGCGGCUGCGGCAGCACAGGCGGCAGCGGUGGCGGGCAACAUCCCCGGACCGGGCUCUGUUGGGGGAAUCGCCCCUGCCAUCAGUCUGUCGGCAGCGGCAGGCAUCGGCGUGGACGACCUGCGGCGCCUGUGCAUCCUGCGCAUGAGCUUCGUGAAGGGCUGGGGCCCCGACUACCCACGCCAGAGCAUCAAGGAGACGCCCUGCUGGAUCGAGAUCCACCUGCACCGGGCACUGCAGCUGCUGGACGAGGUGCUGCACACCAUGCCCAUUGCAGACCCACAGCCCCUCGACUGAGGAGACGCAACCCCCCCCCCCCCCCCCCACACACAAUCACCAACUAUCCAUGCCCACCUUCGCAGACCCACAGCCCCUCGACUGAGGAGACGCCACCCUCAAUCACGAAGGAGGUGCCCACCCCCCACCCCACCCUCACCAUCACCAACUCCCCAUGCCCAUUGCAGUCCCAGUGCCACUUGACUGAGGAACACCCUACCCUCAAUCACUUACGAGGUCCCCUCUCCCACCCACACGCCACGCCCAUCACAUACCCAAAGCCCCUUGACAAGUGAUCACCCUUUUAGCUGGCUACUGAUCCUCUAUGGACAGAACAUCCCACUCACCCCUAUUCAUUUACACUAUACCCCAACACACGGCUCGUCCUCUACCCUUGCAACAAGACUUUCAGUACUUACAUGCCAUGCCAAUCACUGAUCCUCAGUCCCAGCUCUGAGCAGCACUGUUUCCCCAGAUGGCACCUCUGGCAGCACCACCCCCUACUCCCACUUAUUAUGGCAAUCCCUGAACCCCCCCUAGCCUAUGAAGUGACCACCCCCCCCCACCGCAAUCAGGGGUCUUCAUCUGCUGGACAUCCGCUCCCCUCCCCACAGUAUCUCCACUUACCCAUGCACACACCUCUUCUGAUCAGCUAAACAACCAUCAGGUUUAUUUUAAACUGGAGAUUGGCCCUAUAAACUGUGACAGGGCAAACAGAAAAUGAGAGAGAAGAAAAAGUGGACAAAAAGGGAUAACCAAACAACACUGUGAUCAAAGGACAAACCAACAGGACAGACCCUUCAUUCAUAUCAAUUUGAGGAGUGAGACAGUCCCAGUGUGUACAAUCAAAAGUAUUUUCUGCAUCGUUUUUUUUCCAUUUUGUGUUUUUAUAUUUUUAUACGAGCCAGCCAGCUAUGAAGAACUCUCAUCAUGAUGACUGUUUGCAGACUUUUUAAAGUUAUAUGUGAGAUAUGGGAUGUCCUUAAAAGUAGAGUAUGUAACUUUGUUUAUUUCCAGAAUUUGUGCUGCCCAAUUCACUAAUGUAAUCUUUUUCAUGAAUAUUUACCACCAUCAAUUUCUAAGUAUUCAUUAUGAUUGGGAGAAAGUUGAAUUGGUGUAUCCUCUCCAUUUUCACCAUUUUGAAUUUUUUUGUAAAAAUUAUUAACUUAAAUGACAUACUCUACCUUUAAUGCUCCAUACUCACAAGAGGUCAUUUAAUCUUUACUCACCUUUGACCUGGGUUCAUCCCCUGACACACUUGGGUGCUAUUCCACGAACAUGGUUGAUGACCAUGACUAAGUUAACUUGCAAAAAGUGGUAAACCUGCUCAUUGUAGGUGGCCUGUAGGCAACAUUUCGUAAAAAAAAAAAAACGAGGACUCCAUGGUUCUUCUUUUUGAUGAUUCACCGUACCACAACCUCAAGGCUAGCUUAACUUGGUUUACUAUUGAACCAACUUUUGUGGAAUUACCUCUCUGUGUCCCUAUGUUGUCCAGGAGAAGGACAACAGACUAUGUUACGCCUCAUCUUAAAAAACCCAGUUCACACCUCAAAGGUUUUGCAGGGCUUUGAAAAACGCAUAAAAUCUUUUUUAUAUCAUGUUUGCAGGAAUUGGAUUGCUAUGUUGGUAGCUUCUGCCCAUGUAUCUGAGUUAUUGCAUUGGUCAGAGAAGUGUGUGUGUGUGUGUGUGUGUGUGUGUGUGUGUGUGUGUGUGUGUGUGUGUGUGUGUGUGUGUGUGUUUGAGCGAGAGAGUGUGUUUUGUGUGUGUGUGUGUGUUUCUGCAUGCUUGUGUGUAUUUGUACGUUUGUAUUAAAAAAAAAAGGUCUCUUACAGGGGAAGGUGCAUUCACGGGGAGAAAUGCUUUUAGAAUGCUCUUUUUAAUAGUGCAAAACAAACAAACAAAAAAAUCAUGCAGCGGGGUACCAGUUAGAGCUCCCAAGCCAGACGUAAUCUUCAACAGCUCUUUUCGUCAGUUAUUAGUAUAACCAGUCAGCCUGUGAAUUCAGCAGGAGCCCUCUCCAUAGCUGGCCCACAGACAGAGGAGGACAAACAUGCAUGUUAUCCCGGGCCCAGGGAGAGUGGGUGCCCAGAAUUGGGACCCUAUGUAUUGAGAGAGGGCCUUUUUAAAUAAUCUUUGUCUGGGCCCGGCCAAAGUGGUCAACAGCUGUGCUCCCAAGUAUCCUCUUAGCUACGGGAUUCCUACACUCACACUGGGUAGUGGGUUGAUGUUUGAUGGUGUCGAUAAACCUUCAUUGUCCAUCUAUCAACCUAUCCAGCCAGUGCACACAGAAUCAUCGAAAAACAUCCUAGCUGUAGACUUUGGUGCCCUGACUGGUCACACACAACACUUUGACUUUCCAUACUUUGUAGAUGGUUACUUGGUAGCUUUGUUAUAGCACUUUACCCUUUGUAUUGUAUUUACUCUCCAAUGUCCUUUUUUGGCCUGUAAAUAGUCUUAUAAUAAAGACAUGCCAUGCCUCUCCUAAUCUGAA